AUGGAUCAAUCAAAGGAAAAACUGCUAAACGAAUCGAUCCUUUCGGAUGCCUCGAGUGGCGAUCGGAUGAUGGAUGGGUUCGUGAGAAUUCCCGCCGAUGAUGGUGAGGAAGCUCGUGACACCGUCGAUUACGCAGUUGGUGGUGUGAUGAACAUGUCGUACUUUCCACCGACUACGGAAAAUGCCGAAGAUGCGACCAUAUUUAAACCGGAUCAACUGGUACCGGAUUUUAUCCUCGGUCUUCCGCACCAUUGCUCGACGCCGAAGAAAAACGGACGACCCGUGUCGAUGUACGAACCGUGGACGCAAUCGAAACCAUUUCGAUCGCUUCCUGCGGAAAUGCUGCGCCAGACGACAAAACUUAUCGAUAUAGAAUUUGAAACGGAACAGGCAGCCGUCGUUGCAGCUGCCUCGAGAUCCUGCUGGGAGGCUGAGGAUGCUGACGAGUUUAUAACCACGCUUGAUGAAUCCGCCAUCCUGGACAUCGAAUCGUACGAGGAUUUAAAUCACAUCUACACCCAACCAGGCGUGCAUUACAACAAUAACAAUAAUAACAAUGACAAACAUAACCAUCACAAGUUGAUAGUGGCUGCCGACGUGCAUCAUCAGCAGCAGCAGCAACCGCGAUACCAACCAUUACCACACAUCUUUGAAUAUCCCGUGCAUGAGCAAAAGUACGAGGAGAUCGAAAUUUAUGCGACCGUCAAGAAAAAGCCCCGCGAACGGACGCCUCAGUCCGCGAUCGAUCGUACGAUCGCGAUAGACACGCAGGCGCUUUUGCUCGCCUCCGGUGGGGCACCGGUGCAAAAGUUUCCCAAAAUUAUGACCACCUCGUGCUAUGGAGAACUCCACAGCUACGGUGUCGCAGCACCGAUCAUUACCGGUGGGUGGAAUGAACCGGGUGCGAUUGUGAAAAGCAAUGAGAAUCUGCUCGACGCGGGCAAACCGCUGUCGAUGAACAGUUCGUUCAUUGACGAACUGCAAUCCGGUAACAGCUCCCUGUAUGAACCAAAUUCGAUGAAUUCGUCGAUCGAUUUUGCGCGGUACACGGCGAGCGAGAAGACGCGCGUACGCUGGUGGGACGACUUUACGGAGGAAACGGAAGCCGAGCUGCAGGAUAUCGCGGAAAAGGAUUUGGCAGCGAUCCGUAAGAUACUGGAAAACGAAACCGGAGGCGCCCUCUGUCCGAGCUGUCAGAUGCCGUUCGAUAAGGGCAAGAAAAGGAAGCUGAUCGACGCCUGCGGUCACGAACGGUGCUACUCGUGCAUGUUCCGGAACGAAGCCUGCCCGCACUGCCAGGCACAGAAGGAGUCCGGCCAACCCCGCCCGGUACACCAUCCGGCAUCUCGCAUGCAAGCGGAUAUGGACAACGAUAUUCUCUCUUCGAAUGGUGCUAUCUACCAACCGCUCAGCCGCAAGAUGCACAGUUACGGCAGCAGCAACCAUCUGAUGUCACCGUUGGGAUCGCCGCAGCCACAAAACCGUUCCCAGAUGCGAACGAACGGACACUUUUCGUCGAUCUAUCAGAGUCCCGCCGACAUACUCGGUUCAACGGAGCGCUACAAGCUAAAGGAUCGUCCACCAAAGUGUCCCGCGGGCAGCAAAGUGGAACCGCACUAUGCUAGCAUCGGCAGCACCACCGGUAUCGUCGGUGCGACGCAUCAAUCGUCCGGCUACGGUCUGAUGAAGCCCCUCCAGCAGCGUUCGGCACUGAACAGCAGCAGCGAAAUCACGUCCAGCACUUGUGCGACACCACCGCAGAACCGUCGGCGGCUGUUCAGCCCGAAGAAUCUGCGCAGCCCGUUCGGCUACCGGCGCAGCAAUGGAAACGCGGACAACUCCACACUGUCGGGUUUGGCCUCACUGCUCAACCCAGCAACGUUUCAUCGGGCCACGACGGCGGCCGCUAGCAAAAUUAGCCGAUCGAUGGCUCGCACCAGUGGCGCGUCCGGACCGAUAGCAAGAGAUGGCCCUGCUUGGGGCGGAGGUGUUGGUGGAGGUGCAGGGAGUGUCGGAGGUGGUGGUGGUGGUGGUGGGUUCAAUCUGCUGCCCUCCCAUGGGCCACCGAACGGGAUUAGCAAGCGCCAGCGGAACGCUAAUGAUGGCCAUAAAUUUCAUCGACUCAGUCUCGGUUCGUCCGCGUCGAUGGUUUUCGGCAAAAUUAAAUCUCUCUGGUCGGCCCAGGCGACGACGGUCAACGCGGGAUUGAAUCAAUUAGCAGACGACGAAGGAGGAAACGUGAAGCCGUUGGUGAUGAAUGGGAAAUCGAAAUCCUCGCAGGAUGAGCUGCAGGUGCGGCUUGGGUUCUUCCUCGAGAACAACUCACGGCGCAAUCUGGGCGCACCGAACCAAUCGUGCAGUUCGCUUACCUCGGCCAACACGAGCCCCGUUUCGACGCUGACCGGAUCGUCCGAGGCGGAUGUGUCGCGCGUGUUGCAGCUACAGGAACCGAACCCGUACCACACGGGCUGUGAAUCGAUCGGUUCGAUGAUGUCGAUCUCCGAGCAGAGCAAUGCUUCGUCGAGCCCCGUCAGCCGACGGCACUCGGUGACCACAUCGCAGAGCGGUAGCAACGUAGACGAGCUGUUGGCCUUCAAGAGUCGCCGUACGACCGUGCGACGAUCGGCCCGGUCCGGUCAGAUUAAGGGACCGAUUGAUCCGAAGAUCCGCUUCGCCCAGUACCGCCAGCAGCAUCAGCAGCAACAACAGCAGCAGCUUACACUGAAGCCACUGUUCUUCGAGGUGCCAACGCACGAACCGAACCCGCUGUUCGUUGGUCGCCAUUGGUUGGUGCGCGAGCUGGCCACCGCGAUCCAGUCGACCGAUUCGCCCGGUGUGCUGCUGAGCGGCAACCUGGGCACUGGUAAAACGGCCCUACUGCUGCAGCUGGUCGAAUAUUCCUGCUUUGGGCGGCGCAAAGAGCUCCCGAUCCAGGAGAACGAUGGCAUCUACUGUCAGAUCAACGUGGCACACGAUCGGCUGCGCAGUCUCGCCUCGCACGUGGUGGCGUACCACUUCUGCCAGGCGGACAAUAACUCCACCUGCCUCAUACCGGACUUUGUGCAUUCGCUGGCGGCCCAGCUCUGCCAAGCGCCACAGCUAGCCGCGUAUCACGAGUUCCUGCUCGGUGAGCACGCCCUCCAGCAUGCGCUCAGCGUGAAGGAAUGCAUCGCGAAUCCGGAGCGUGCGAUGACGAUGGGCAUACUGGAACCAUUGGCGGCGCUGCGCCGUACGGGCAAGAUCCCGGCAAAGAACUGCGUCAUCCUGGUCGAUGCACUGUGCGAGGCGGAGUAUCAUCGACCGGAUCAUGGCGAUACGGUUGCUUCCUUCCUGCAGCGAAUGAGUGAACAUUUCCCAUCCUGGCUGAAGGUGAUCGCCACCAUACGCACGCAGAUGCUCGAAUUCUGCAAAGGUUUGCCGUACACGAAGAUGAGCCUCGAUAGCUGGACAACGAACGAGCUGCUGCAGAAGGACAUCCUCGAGUACAUCACGUACCGGAUCAACCAGAGCCCGAGCAUACAGCACAACGUGGCCGGCGGGAAGGAGAUCGUGAACACCAGUACCCACUUCAAGUUUGCCCAGCAUCUGCUCGCCCUAUCGAAGGGUUCGUUUCUGUUCGCGAAGCUUACGCUCGACCUGAUCGAACGCGGCAAUCUCGUGAUCAAGUCGAGCAGCUUCAAGGUGCUACCGGUGUCGUUGGCGCAAAUCUUCCUACUGAACUUUAACCUACGCUUCCCGACCGCAACCGCGUACGAUCGCAUCUCAAACAUACUGGCCGUCUGUCUCGCUGCUCUCUAUCCGCUCACACUGACCGAGAUCUUCUACUCACUGAAUGCGCUCAUUGCGAGCGAAUCACAGUCGGAACCGGAACCGGGACCAUCGAAUGCCGCACCCGAGCCGGAAUCGGGUAUGAUCGAUUGGGAUGAGUUCCUGUGCCGGUUCAAGACGCUCACUGGGUUCCUGGUGAAACGGCUCGACGAUACGUACAUGUUCUUCCAUCCCUCGUUCAGGGAGUGGUUGAUAAGGCGCGAAGAUGGCGAAAGUACCAAGUUCCUGUGUGAUCUGCGCAACGGCCAUGCGGGUAUUGCGUUGCGUUUGUCCCGCCUGCAGGCACCGCUCGAUCCGGAGCAGGCGCUCGAGCUGGGUCAUCACAUUCUCAAGGCGCAUCUUUACCGGAAUGCUCCCUCGCAUCAAUCGCCCCGCGAUCUGCAGGCGUACUGGGUUGCCUCCGUGACGGGAUGCGUAUCGUCGGCACUAACCACACUGCGCAAUGUGUACAGUCCAAAUGUGAAAGUUUCGCGCCUGUUGCUAUUGGCCGGCGCAUCCCCGGAUCAUGUGACACCGUUCCUGGGCAGUGCGCCAAUCCUGUGCAUUGCCGCCCAUGAAGGCAUUUUACCGAUGGUCAAUCUGCUGCUGGAAUUCGGCGCCAGUGUGGAGCAAACGAACAGCCAAGGCUGUACGUCACUGAUUCUAGCGUCCGCCCGCGGUCAUUGCGAUGUCGUUCGUCAGCUGGUGGCUGCCGGGUCGUUCCUGGGCCAAACGGACACUUCACAGCGGUGCGCACUGGUGCAUGCGGCCAUUGCCGGUCGGCUGCAGGUGGUAAAGUAUCUGGUGGCCUGCGAUUGGAUGUCGCGACCGGCGAGUAAUGAUGUGACGCUAGAACAAGCGGCCCAGCAAGCGCUUACGGCAGCAGCCGGUCAGGGCAAUACGGACAUUGUGGAGGAUCUGCUCGAUAUGGGUGAGGUGCAGGUGAACCGGUUGGAUGUAAUUACCGGCGAAACGGCACUCACCACAGCGUGCACCAAUGGCCAUACGGACACGAUCGCAACGCUGCUGAAUCGCGGUGCAUCACCAGAGGUGCGCAAUCGCAAGGAGAUGGCACCGUUGCUGAUAGCGGUGAAGGAGGGCCAUUGGGCGAUCGUCGAACGAUUGCUACAACAUCCGGCCGACUGUGAGCAGACGGAAGCGAACAACAAAACGGCACUGAUGAUCGCGGCCGAGGAAGGCCACGUGGGAGUUAUAGAGUUGCUGCUAAGUCGAGGUGCUUCACUAACGGCCCAGGAUAAGGACGGUUUGACGGCACUGAGCUGGGCGUGCCUGCGGGGCAAACAGCAGGCGGCCAAAUGUCUGCUGGAACGUGGAGCUGACAAGCAGCAUGCGGAUGGUACUGGGCGCACACCGCUGGAUCUGGCCGCGUACCAGGGUUCGGCUUCGCUCGUACAGAUGCUGCUCGAUCAUGGGGCGCAGAUCGAACACGUCGACAUUAAUGGGAUGCGUCCGCUCGAUCGUGCCAUCGCCUGCCGGAAUGUGCAGGUUGUGCAGGUGUUUCUGAAGCGUGGGGCCAAGCUCGGUCCCGCUACAUGGGCCAUGGCAAACGGGAAGCCAGAGAUAAUGUUAAUACUGUUGAACAAGCUGCUGGAGGAUGGUAAUACGCUGUACAGAAAGAACCGGCUGCAGGAAGCAUCGCAUCGGUAUCAGUAUGCGCUGAAGAAGAUUCCUACCGUACAGAGCCCCGGUGGUGAUGUGAAUGGCAAUGGAGGAUGUACGAUGGUUACCGACCCACUAACCGGCAGUUCCGUUCCCGAUAGCAAUAACAACAACAGCCACACGAGCAACAAUGUGGCCACUUUCCAACAGUUGCGGUUUAAUUUCUUGCUCAAUCUAUCUCGCUGCAAGCGAAAAAUGAACGAUGUAGCAGAUGCGAUCGAGCUGGCGCGGCAAGCGAUCGAGAUUAAACCGAACGCGUACGAUGGCUACUAUGCGCGAUCGAAGGCCCUGAUGGAGCAGGGUAGCUACAGCGAGGCACUGCGUGAUGCAUCCGCUGCGCUUGCUCGGGCUCAACCGACAACGGCCGAAAUUCGUGAAACGCUCACACGUCUGCACGGUGAUUUGCAGAAGCGCCAGAUGCAGGUGAUAGCGGAUACGGCCAACUCGGCUCUUGCCAGUGUUGGUUUGUCGGCGGCGGUCGAGAGCGCUAGUACCCGUUCCAGCUCCGUUCACAGUGGUCGUUCGUUUGCCGAAUCCAUGGACAUUAUUACGGAUCUGUGAGCUGUCGGUUUACUCCUGUCCAUCCCAUUCCGGAUUGUUGGUUUUUUUUUUGCGCGCGUUUGUUUUUGAGUGACGAUUGUGCGUAAAAAUGGAAGCGUGCCGUUUAGUAGUAAUAGUUUAUUUAAUAACGAAUGGGCAGCUCUGACGAGUACGAAGUGUAUACGAUGGUUUGGGAAGACAAAAUUAGAGGACGAACUGACUGCUUGGCUAAUAUUCUUCUAAAGAUAUUAGUACGCAAUCAUUAAUAUUUUACAUAUAUAGACACAAACACAUCAGGAAAACGAAACGAAAUAAGAGAGACAUUGUUUGGCGACGCGAUAAUCAAAAUUUUAGCGAGCACACGACGGAUCAGUGUGACGAAUCUUAUGUUUAUGUUUAAUUUAUCGAAAACAUUUCCACAUUACUUUCCAGAAGACAUUGUCCACAAAACAAGCAGACCAUCAUCCAUUCAUGCAUGCCGCCUUACCAAAUAUGGCAAGAAGCGGUCGCGGUUGGAAUGGUGCCUGAAUUCCUUACGUUGUUGAACCGCACAACACCGCUGUGGAGUUGUUCUUGUUUAUAAUUCUUUUUCAUACAGUAUAGUUUACAGAAUGUGCAGGCUAGAACAGUGCAGCGAUUAGCGCCACUAAUCUAUCUAUAAAAAAUGUAUUUAUAUGCGUAAUUUAAAUGCAGGUUUAGAUGCCUCGCCUGUCGCGUCCGUUGGAAGCGAAGGCACGCCAAAAAAGGAUCUUCUAGCCACAUAUACCCACACCACCAUACAACGGCAAUGCAAGCGAGAGAGUGUUACUUACCUCCAUACACAAUUCAAUUAUGAUUUAUUGGUAGAGAUUCAACUGAAACCAGGCUAAACUCGUUGGUUAGAUCACCACACACUAAUCGAAGCUAACAGUCUACAACCUGCUGCCGGUGCGUGUGUAAAUGUGGUCUGUGCUUUUAUUAUAUUAGUAAUUAACGCAUCGCAUCUUAAUUAUUUAUAGUUGUGCUAGAUUCAUUGAACGUUAGGGAACGUUAUUGUGCAUACAGGAAGCUCAAAGUGAAGCGUACAGGACAGAUAGAAAAGAUAGAGGAAGAUAAAGGUAAAUAUGUAGCUUUUAAGAAGAAAGUAGUGUGUAAGAAACAAUAAGAAUUGAAACAAUAAAUGAAACUAUC